GCAAUCAUUGCAGAAAACCACUUUAUACUCUUGAGAGAUACAAAAUCAUGUCACUUUUCGCAAAAUUAUUGCUGAUCUCAAUGGUGGUCAACGCUUUCGGCCAGUUUGGCGGUAUGUUCGGCUAUGGCGGCUUUCCUUAUGGUGGUUAUGGCAUGGGGAUUCCUCCUCCAGUGCCGCCACCACCUAUGUUUCCAGGUCUAUUCGGCUACGGAUACGGUGGACCAAUGGGUUAUCCUUUUGGUUUUUGAUAUGAGGAGAAGAAUGGACGAG